UCACGGUUGGUGUGUAAAAAGACGGAGAUAAAAGAGAAAUCCUUCGAAAGCUCCGCGGGAAAAUCUGCAGGAACCCUAGAAAUUGAAUCCCAUGGCGGAGACCUCCGUCCACGGCGCCAUCCGCCGCGGAUCCUCCGGCGACCGGCCGACUCGCACCGAUCCAGACCAACCUCCUCCUCCUCCUCCCCCUUCGCGACGAAGCGGAAGCCCUAGCGACCUCAUCAGCGCCUUGCCGGACGCCGUGAUCCACCGGAUCUUCUCGUUUCUGCCCCUCGAGGACGUCGUCAAGACCAGCGCCCUCUCCAAGCGGUGGCGGUCCACCUGGACCUCCGCCACGGACCUCGUCUUCGAUGGAGAUAUCGAAGGCCGGCCUCGCGGUACCUUGGCCUUCUCGUUCCUCGUCGACGGCGUCCUGGACCAGUGCACCUCCCCCUCGGUGAAGAGGUUCCACGUCACCGGCUUCAGAUACGACAAGCCCUACCAACCCAAGGUCGACCUCUGGCUCCGCUUCGCGGUGCGGCGCCGCGUGGAGGACCUCCGCCUGUGGCUGACGAACCAUUCGCCGAUCUUUUAUCUGCUGCCGGGAAUCUUGUAUAGCUUGAGCUGGUUGGUGCGCCUGGACGUCCGUUCCUGCCGUUUCUCGCUGGGUAGGGCUGUUAGGUGGCCUCGUCUGAAGGUCCUGUCGAUCAGAAAUGCGGAGUUGAGUGAUGAUUUCCUCGGGCGAAUCUUCAGGGGAUGUCCCGUUUUAGAGUCCCUCGAGUUGCACGGGUGUUGGGGCGUGGAGAACAUCGUAAUAGAUUCAACGAGUGUGAAAGAGUUGGUGCUCGUCCACGGCACGUUCUCUAAUCCGAAGAAAAUUUGGGCGCCGCAUUUGCUGUUGUUGCGUGUAUUGGGGAGGCGGCAUCACCUUAACUUGAUCAGACUCAGACUCGACGAUAUAUCUUCUUUGGUGGAAGCCGAGUUGGAUUUUGACAUUGUAACUCUUGACAAGUGGAUGUGCUGCGAGUUGUUGGAGGAAACUUUGGAGAAGCUGCACCGAGUUCCCACGAUCACCAUUGGCGCUUGGUGUUUGGAGAUUCUGUCCCUUUUGGAGAUGAAAGGAGUGCCAUCUCCAUUGUCAAAAUGUCAGAAUCUGACACUACAUGUACCAGUUAGUCAAUGGGACCUUCCUGGGAUAGCAUACAUGCUUCGAAGUUCACAGUGCCUGGAAAAAUUAGUCAUACUCCUGACUGACCUCCCCCCAUUGAUGUUUAUGCUUGAUGAAGAAUGUUUUAACUUUGAUGAAGAAGAUUUUUUGUGGUCACGGAAGGGGAACUUUCAAUGUUUGGCGAAACAUCUCAAGAGAGUUGAGAUCAUUGGUUCGGAAGCUGAUAGUUUUGGGUCGAAACAUCUGCUUGCCCUGAUUAAGUUUCUUCUUGGGGAUGCACUUGUGCUGGAGAAGUUGAUUAUCAAGGCUAAAUUGCCCACACGACAUGGACAAAAAGGUUUUGAAGCUGCUGUUCUGUCGAAACUAUUUGGUGUGAGCAAAAAUGUGCUCAGCUGUCGAAGAGCUUCCAAACAUGCUGAGGUUAUCUUCGAUUGUCCUUCUGAAUAGGUGUCCUCAUAAAAGCAUAUGAAAGUCCGGGUUUCGGUUAAUCUCAUGGCAGGGGUAUGUUGGCCUGGGCACUACGCUACUCAUUUGGAUUCAC